CCGCUGCCCGACAGCGACAGCGACGGCGAGGCUUCGCUCGACCCGUCGCCGCGCCAGCUGGUGCCGGCGCCGUGCAGCGAGAGGAAGCUGGACUUCAGGAGCCGCAGCUGGCCGCUGCUGCCUGGCGCGGACUCCAAGUGGCCCGACAGCCAGGCCGUCGACGAG